UGAACUCUACAGUGCCAGUUGAGUUUCCUCUUUGGAAUGAAUAAAGUUUUCUAAUUUGCUGUUUUUCGGUUGUGAAUGUCUUGUGCGUCUUGUGAUUCUUGACUCACGUGAGAAGCCAGUUUUAGCAGAGUUCUGGUUCAGGGCACAAUGUAAACAAACCUCGUGAAGUAUGGACAAGAAGACAGCAUCAGAUUACGGCAGAAGUCCAUCACAGGUGCCACACCUCCUCUAGAUAAACCUCUCAACUUGGGAAAACGUGUCAUCAUCAUAAUCGCCCGUGAACUCACUGGAUCAACACCAUCCACAUCUUCACUAGCCGUUGUUUACAUGCGCAGUGAGACGCUAGAACUCUGCUGGCGCCACGGUGCAUUCUGGGAAGCGCGGGGGAUUAUGGGAAAUAUUAAAGUACAGAAUAUAAUGUAAUUUACUAAACCAAUCAAAAAUUAAUAUUAUAUCAUUAAUCAAUAAUUUGUUUGACUCUCUGUGGAACCAGCAGAAGAAGAAGUUAUUUGCUUUAAAAGCAUGUGACGUUUGUCUACAACUCAGUUUUUCCUGUUUCCAGGUCUGUCAACUCUGGGCAGUCAGCAGUCUGUUCAUUCCGCCUGAUGGACAUCAAAUCCAUUUUCUCCAGUAACUACAAAGUCCUGAACCGGGACACAUUAAAGUGGAGAAUGCAAGUGCAAGAGAAGGUUGCAAAUCCAGGAGAGAUGGUUGAAGAACUCCUGGACUGUUGUAAAGAAAGACUAAGCCUUGGGGAUACCAGCAUUCAAAACCUCACAGAGAGCUUAUCAAGUUUGGAACAGUCAAAAAGAAAAGACUUGUUAUAUCACAGUGAAUGCCGUAAACCCCUUGUGAAUAAAUGUGUAAUUAAAAGACUCAGGGAGGGUGCUAAAAAGCGUGAUAGAUCUAACUCCCCCAUAGGUUUCUUUCCUGCUCUAGGUCGCCCCUCAUGUUCAAAUGCUCCAAACCGUCCAAAAAGGUCAAAAAGUCUAUCUAAAGCAGAGGUGUGUCUGUUCUCUUCAUGUUCUUUCUGUGCAUCUGAGGCCAAAGAGUCUUUGCAUCAGGUUUUUACUGAUAGAAUGGGUGAAACAUUGCUUCAGAUAAAGUUGAACACAUGUGAUGAUCAUGUCCGAACUUGUGUUUCUGAUCUGUUUGAUGCUGGUGAUGCAGCUGCUCAAGAAAAGUUCUAUCACAGAAACUGCUUACGGUCAGCACAGAGAACCUGUCUUUCUGAGGGCCACAGCAAUGUGCCUCUGAUCCAAUCUCUUUGUGAUGAAGAGUUACUCAUGUUCAUUCAAAAUACAGUUGUGGAUGAUUGUGACACAAUAAAUAUGGCUGAGGUGAAUGAGGCCUACAUCUCGCUCUUGAAAAGAUAUCAGAUAGAGGUCAAGGGUGAUGAAAACUACAGAAAACACCUGAAAAGGUUAAUCACUGAGCGUCUGCCAAAUUUCCAGUUUGUCAAAUCACUGCGUAAGAAUGAGCCUGACAAACUUGUUACCCUGAAGGGUGUUAGCAAAGCUAUUGAUGUCCACCUAGAUUCACUUGACAGUUGCAAAACUCAGAGUGACAAGGGAGAUAACUAAAAAUGAAAUCAAUAUUUUUCAUGUUAUCCAGGGUGUAUCAUUAUUAUGUUGAGUACCCUCAUAACCCCAUAGAUUAAUUUUUGGGCCCUUAGGAGACCCAGCCCCCCAAAAUACAGAAAAGCAACAAAGCUUGAUUUAUUGCAUGCAGGGUGUAUUAUUUAUGUAUUUAGCACCCUUACAAAUUAAAAAAAGGACUGUAAGAUUGUGAAAAUUGGUCUAGAAUUGAGGAAGAUACGCUUUAUACUGUUUGAGGGCCACCCGGGCAGAAUGACCCCCAUAGAGGGGUGUUACAGGGGUCAGAAAAAUUGUACCCCAUUAUUUUCAGUUAACUGGACCACUAACCAAGUCAAAUC